AUGGACGCGCAAGCUAGCGCCGAACCGCACGAUAGCGGAGGAAGCGAAGGCCAUCCUUCACGAGUAAGAACGUUAUUUGCGCACCGCUCACCACAAUCCUUCCACACUCGUGACACGCUCUCCCCCUCUUUCCCCCACCCCCUCCCUCUCUUCCUCCAUUUCCCCCUUUUCCCCCCCAACCCCCUUCCCCUCCCCACGUCCCCCUAUUCCCCCUUCCCGCUCCCCACUCCCCGCUUCCUCCUCUCCGUUCCCCUUGCCCUGCCCCCUCUCCCCUCCCCCCACGCGCGCCCCCCUUACCCCCAUGCCUCCCUCCCCUCGAUACCUGGGCAGCUGAAUGCAGUGGUGGCGGUCGGGCCGCGCUGGCAGAUGGGCAGAUGCAUUUCCCGCAACCCCUCCCCUCUCCCAUUUCCCCCUCUUCCCCCCCGGCCCCCUUCCCCUCGCCCCUCCGUUCCCCCCUCCCCGGCCCCCCUCCGCCUGCUACCUGGGCAGCUGAAUGCAGUGAUGGCGGUCGGUCCACGCUGGCAGCUGGACACCUUUCUGGGCGGCACUGCCCGCCUCUGCGCCAUCCAGAAGGCCCUGCGCGCGCGGCUAAACGACAAAGAGGGGGGUGCUGGAGGGGCGGGGGGACGAGCGGGUGACGGCAUGGGCGGAAGGGGGGCGGAGUAUUACGAAGGCGGGGAGAGCAGCAGAGAUGACAUGGGAGUGUGGGGGACCAGGGGGUAUGGCGGCAGUAGUGGUGCUGCUGCCAGCUAUGGUGAUGAUCAAACGGACGGAAGGGAAGAAGCAGGAGGAGGAGCAAUGGAGGACACAGGAUUUGCAGAGCGAUGCAUGGAGAUGCUUAUAGAGGAGUUCAAAGAUAGCCUUGUGAAGCACAGCAGGGCGUUUGAAGUGCCGAUGGCAAAGGCUGUUUUGGACCUCAGUGUCCGAUCUGCUUCGCCUCUCCCCCGCUCUGUGUCUGCUGGUGAUGGUGCUCUUGGUUCUGGGGCUGCUGCUGCUGCUGCUGUUUCUGCUGAUUCUGGUGGGGUCAGCAGUGGACACAGCAUAAGCAACUCGCGGUACAGCAAGAGCCUAUCUGCUAUUGAUGAUGAGGGGGAGAGUUAUGGUCCAGCAGCAGCACCGACGGCAGCAGCAGCAGCAGCAGCAGCAGCAGCGAGCAACAACGUGAGGGCUUCUCACAGUUAUAGCAGCAACAGCAGCCCCACCAGCAGCAGCAGCAGUGGGGGAGGUACCAGCAGAGCGGUCAACCCCAUGUACAGUGCACAGUACAGUGCACUUGUGAAGCGAUUCAAGAAGCUGUCGACUCGGCCGCCCAUCACUCUGGAUCCUUUUGGGAAACUGGCAGCAGCUGCUGCUGCUGCUGCAGCAGCAGCAGAAAUGGAUGCAUUUGCAGAAGAGGCGGCAUUAGCAGGCGAAAUAGGAGAAGAGAGUGGAGGGACUGGGGAGAGAGAAGGGGAAGGAGGGAGAGGAGGAGGGAGAGGGAGAGGAGGGAGAGGAAGAGGAGGAGCAGCGUCACAGACUGGCGGUGAAGGGAAGGAGGCAGGGAUUGGUAUGGACGACAGAGGGAUGACAGAAGAGGAAGCGAGCGUGCAUAAGCGCACGAUGUCAGACGAUCUGUUUGCGCGCGAUCCCCUGCUCGCAGCGUUCGGAUUGCGUCAUCGUAACUCCCAGAUUUCCCCAACCCCGAGCCCUUCUGCUGCCGCUGCUGCUGCUGUGGCCGCUAGAAGGGAUGGGACGGCUGGUGGAGAAGCAGGAAGUGCCGAAGGAAUGGGAGGAGUAGCAGCAGCGGCGGCGGUGGCGGCGGCGGCGGCGGCAUCAAGGAAAGGUUCAGUGCAUCGUUUCAACACUCCACAUGUAGCGAUUCCAACCAACCCUGAGCUGGUAUCCCCAAAGCAGACCCAUCCGCAUCCCCUCUUUGCGGAAUUAGAAGCCGUGGAAGUAGAAGAUACCUUUGCAGCGGAAUCCCAUGCGAGGAUAGGUGCAAAUGCUAGCGGAAACCAUGGUGCUUGUGCUCAAAACGAGGCUGCCACAAAUGGGGAUGAGGAUGAAGAUGGGGGGGGUUCCUCCAAUUUCACGUUCUCUCCUCUCUCAGACACAUCAGGCUCGGGAAGCUCUGCUUCGGUGUCCCGAAGCACCCGGGCAGCUGCAGAAGACAUCCCGAAUCUGCUGCCGUCUCCAGUCCAGAUGUCCGGACCUGCGUCUAUUGUGAGUGCCGUGUCUGCGAUCCACGCCCGGAAGAACCGAACCUCAAAAUUGGUUCGGGCUGAAUCAGACGCAGCAGCGGAAGGAGCGCGCCGGUUCUCACGCCGGGAAAGGGAGCAGCAGAAAAAGCAGCAGGAGAGGGAUCGGCAGCAGGUUCAGGAGGAAGAGGAUUUGUAUCCGCUCCCGGACCUGCCGAGUCAGGCUCGGCAGAGCCGAGCCAGCAGGCACGGUCGGUCUCACGCACUGCGGGCAACAGCCCUUGAAGCAGCCAUAGCAGCUCUGGAGAUGGGGGAAGUGCGCGCCCCUGCCCUCUCCGCCCUGCCUUGGAGUUCCCAAGAGGCCUUUCUCAAGGCCUGGGUGCGAGAUGCCUACCUGCUGAUGGACGUGCUGCUAGUAGCGGAGCGCUUCCUCUGCGACAGCGUGUUCCUCUUCUCCCACACCCUCUCCACCCGCUCCUUCCGCCGCAUUGUGCGGCGAGCAGCAGCGCUGAAGCAGGCGCUGCAUCUGCUGUGCGGCAACGCUGCUGCCAUCUGCUCGUCUGAUGAGCAGCCGGAGAAGCUGUUCAGUCUGCUGGAUAUGAUUCAGGCCACCCAGGACCUUGGGUCACAGAUGGAAGAUGUGCUGAUGGCAGCAGGUAUGGAAAAAGCCCAUGAGCAAUGGAAGAAGCUGCCAAAACUGCUGACAUCAGCAGCAAUAGCGUCUAUCGAUAAGCUCAAGGAGAGGCUGAACGAUGUGGGUGCAGCGCAGCAGGCUAUGGCUGUUGCAGCAUCACCACGGUCUGCACAGAAGAUUUUCAGGUUGUGGAAGGCGCCAGCGGAAGAAAGGUCAAGGGAAGAGACGGAUGUGUCAGUGCAUGCCAUCACCAGCUACACUGUCAACUACGUCAACCAGCUGCUGCGCAAAGACGGCUCCAAGUAUGCGCGCAUGCUGGAGAGCAUGUACAGGAGAAGAGGAGGGGAGACAGGCACAAGGAGAGUAUUAAACGAGGAGAUCAGUGACCUGCUGGCAGCGCUGCACCGCAACAUGCAAGUGCGGGCGGAGGUCAUUGCAGAGAGUACUGUUGCUGCCCUCUUCAUGCUCAACAACACUGCCUAUGUCUCCAACUCUCUUGCAAGCACGAGCAUGAAGGAGGCUAUGAAACAGUCUGAACGGCUCAAGGAGUGUGAACAAGCCUUUAUAGACGCAAUCACUGCCAAGAUAUGCUCUCACCUUCUAUGCAUGGAGGACAGUUUUCAACUCAAUGCUCAGGAGCUCAGGAUCAGGUUGAAGCGGUUCAAUGCAGCCUUUGAGGAGCUGGCACUGCUGCAGGGCAGCUGGAACAUCGUGCACAUUAGCACACGCAGGAACAUUCGACAACUGCUGGCCACGACUCUGCAUGACAAAUACAAGGACUUUCUCAUUCCACACAGGUGCCUGCUCACCCCUUCCUUCCAGUGUGCUCAUGAGCCCCACAUGUGCGAUCCAUAG